CGAGAUGCUGGAAUGGAGAAUCGUUACAGGGGCGGGGGAGGGGCGGGGGGGGCGGGGCGGUUCUUGAAUGUUGGUUUUAGAACUCCCUGCGCGUAGAAAAGCAGCACAAAAAAGGGGUUGAUGGGCUAGAACCUUUCUUUCUGGCGGGCCAGGUUUCUUCUCUGACAGAGCCAGAAAAACAAAGAGGUUUCACCGUCCAUCUGCAAUUGUCCUGAGAUCUAUGCUUGUUUCCUUCCAAAAGACAACUCAUGGCUGGAAGAGGUGGCAGAGGGAGGGGCCGGGGCAGUCACAUGACCUUCAGUGUUGAAGCCGUGGGCAUCGGAAAGGGUGAAGCCCUGCCCCCACCCACUCUGCAGCCCUCGCCUCUGUUUCCUCCUUUGGAAUAUAAACCAGUUCCCUUGCUAACUGGUGAAGAGGUGGAAUAUAUGUUGGCCCUGAAGCAAGAACUCAGGGGAGCGAUGAAGAACCUGCCGUAUUUCAUCAAACCGUCUGCUCCUAAGAAAGAUGUGGAGCGUUACUCUGACAAGUACCAGAUGUCCGGUCCUGUUGAUAACACUAUCGAGUGGAACCCAGACUGGAGACGGCUGCCUCAAGAACUAAAAAUCCGUGUGCGGAAGAUUAGAAAACAAAGAGCAACUGUUCUUCCUCCCAAGCGUAAAACUCAAGUGCCAGUGGACAAGGAGGAAGCCAUCAAGAAACUGGAGACUCUGGAAAAAAAGGAGGAGGAGGUGACAUCUGAAGAGGAAGGAGAGAAAGAAGAGGGUGAGGAAGGGAAGGAGGAAGAAGAGGAAGAAUAUGAUGAAGAAGAAUUUGAAGAGGAGACAGAUUAUAUCAUGUCCUACUUCGACAACGGCGAAGAUUUUGGGGGCGACAGUGACGACAACAUGGACGAAGCCAUAUACUGAAUUGUGACAGUACCAUCUAGUUGUAGGAACAGGACCUUCCAGUCUCAUACCCAAAACAGCUCGUUUCCUGGAGAUCUUUUCUGCCACCUCUGGGAGGAUCCUGGAUGAUCCACCUGGCUCGCGUUAGGGAAUGCAGAAGAGUUUCUUCUCUCUCCACUGAGUCGCUUCGUAAGAGUUUUCCUUGACCGCCCGUUGUGGCCUCCAGGUGGCACCAUCGAUCCGUCAUUCUGUCAGCCAUCUGUGUGUCUCAGGGAUCUCAGCUGGUGGCGCCCAUCAAAAUAGCCAGCGUACAAUAGUGGUAUAUUCUCCUCCCGCUCUUGUCUCCUAUCAGAGAAAGUGCAGCGGAUCCUGAUUUUUCUUUCAGUUAUGCCUUUUGGAACGGAGGAGAACAUUCCAGAAAGGAAACAGCAGUCUUGGGGAAGCCUUGAAGACAUUAACACUGAAGGGAAAUGAAAUCAAAUCAGUACUUCUUUUUUUGGAAUCAAGGAACAUCUCUUGAUAGUUAAUUUGCUGCAGAAACCCUUCCUGUUACCCUCUCUAGCUUCAAGUGCGGUUUCUCAUGUCUGUUUCCCACAAAUGCAACUGCUGGGGGGGAAGGGGGUGCAAAGGAGGGGAAAGGAGGUCUUUUAAUGCCAUAGUUUCAAAAACCAAGGAUCUUUUCCAUGUUUGACCAUUGUGACUAGGUGGGGGUGAGGGUGGAGCGGCCCACCAGCAUUUUUCAAGAAUUGGAAAGCAUCUCCAAUCAUCUUCCAGGGUUUGUCUUUUGUACUGUUAAUAAAAAAUGAAUGUGUGAAUUUUAAUUAGCAAUGGAUCUAACGUUGGUUUCAAAACAGCAUGUUUUCUUUAAAAAAAAAACAUGUUAGGAGAAUGUGGGAUCCAGGAAAGAUGAACCUUUCUUAUUUAACUAUAAAUAUUUUUUUACUUUGCUUUCCCCCCCCCAAAAAAGUUGUCCAGAGCAGCUUGUGAGAAAAGAAUCCUGAAACACAUGACUGUGUUAAAAUCACUUUGCCAAAGAAUAAAACUACGACAAACAAAUUA